AUGUAUUGCCUAUUGAAAAAUGCGUUAAAUUUCGACAACUUUAAGAACAUUAAAAUUGACCUAAUUAAUAAAGUAAAGACCUCUGAUGCCACAGAUUCUCACGAAGAAAAUGAAGUAUUCAAUUUUUUAAAAGAUAAAGAUUUUUUCUCUGAAAACUUAAAGUUGAGUAGACAAUGGAAUUUGGAAUGUACAUCUUCAGUUCAAAAGAAGUUAAAGCACAUUAAUAAUUUAAAGAGGCAUUUAAAUAGCAUAACAAACUUUAGACGUGUUGAAAAAUCAGGGUUAAAUAAAGACCUAUAUAGGAUUAAAACUGCUCAUGGGAAAACUGAAGAAGUUUCUUCAUUUUUAAAAAAUGGGCAUACUGACGAUUAUGACUCUAAGAACAUGGAAAUAUUUAAUAACUAUUCUGUGCUCGAUGGGGAUAUUAGAAGAGGAGUGCAUAAAAAUGAGUUCCGUAAAAUACUGUCCAAAAGGAUCCAGAAAAAUAAAUUUAUAGGAAACAAUUUUUUUAAAAGGCUCAUCUAUAAAUAUAUUUCUCAGUUAAACAAUAAUAAUUCCAAGAAUUAUAUAGAAAUAGGUAAAUUUGAGCCAAUGAACGACAAAAUAAUUGCUUAUCUUCACUGUUAUAAAAAAUGCAUUAUCGAAAAGGGUAAUCCCACUAAAAACUUACGGGUUAGCUUAAAAAAGCGAAUUUAUUAUAAAUCAAUUAUUACGAAAAAAAAGGUCAGUUCUAUAAGAAGUAAAAGAAUGCGUAUGUACUUAAGGAGACAAAUUUCUGAAAGAUGUUGUGACAAUAGGAACCAAGUUAAAAGUAGUUUGAAUGAUGAAGUGCACAUUGCAGAUAAAAAGUUAUAUAUAAAACUUAAAAAAGGUAGAAAAAAAAACAUUAACAGUGAUAAUAGUAGUUCUAAUGAAUUUCACAAAAAGACAAAGGGAAACACAAUCAUGGGGUCUAUAAACAGGUGCGGAGAGGAAAGUACAAGCGAAACGGUCAACAAUUUAAUAGAGGAUGGGUGCAGAAAUAGUUUUAAAUUUGGCAAACGCAACAACCUUGGAAAUGGAAAAAUAACAGGAUCAAAGAAGAAUAUGGAAGUGUUUAAAAAUAACAAUUUAGAAAAUGUACAUAAAAAUUCAUCAAAUUUGAAAAACAUAAAAUUGAGUAUACUUCGUAGAGUGAGCACGAAUAAUCAAUAUGAAAAUAAAAAGGAAUUUAAAAGAAAUAGGGAUCCUCGUUUUCAUUUCCUUAGUAAUAAUGUUAAUUUUUAUGAAACUGUGAUUAAUAAUGAGAAAUGUAAAGAGGAAAAUGUAAAAAAAGGUGAAUGUUUUUCUAAUCAAAAUAUAAUUCAAAAUGGAGAAAUGAGCGAAAUAAAACAGAAAAUAAAAACAGCACUAAUAAGCUUGAAUAAUAUAAAAAAGAACAAUUAUAAAUUAAAAUUUUGUCUUGAAAAAGAAAUAAUAGACAACACAAUUCAUCAAAAUGAACUAAAAAGAAGUUUAUGCUCGAUUUUCAGUGAAAACAGCUUACAAAGAAAAAAUACUACAGUGAAGCAACAAAAUUUCUCAGGUGGUCAAAUUAAAAAUAAAGAUGUUCUCAGAAAUAAUAGACACAAUGCUGACAAACAUGAUAUGCAAAAGGUUAAGACAAUAAGAGAGGAGAAGACACAAAAUAAAGAAUCUACAUGUGAACAAAAUAAUUUCAGCAAUAAUAUUAUGAAUGUGAGCUUUGAUAAAAAGGUUACGUUGGAGAAAACAAGGUGCAAAGGGGGCAAUAAUGUAAGUUAUGAAGAAAAUGAAAACAUACGUUUUCAGUUAAGUGAAGAGUUUGUAAAAUCAGCACACAAUGUUGUAACAGAUAAUCGCUAUAAAAGCAAAAGUAAGUUAAUUAAUGAGAAAGAGGAAAAACGGAGCUAUUUUAAUGAAUCCAGGGAUAAUGAGAUGGUUACAAAAUCUUAUACAUAUCGGAAAAAGGAGCAAAAUUUAAAAAAAGUGGACAUAAAUGUGCAAAAGCAUACAUUUACAUUAAAUAGAGAAAUAUCGAAUGAAUAUAUUUGUCGUAAAAAAAGUCUGAAGGACAAAGAUAAAAAUGAUAUUAUUAAUAACAUAAAAAAAAUGUAUAAUUGGGAAACAGUUAUGCAAGAAAAAAGUAACACUUUAAAAAAUAAUGAAAAGGAAAUGAUUCAUGGAAUUGGAGGAAGGUCACGUAGUAACUAUUUAAGUAGUCUAAAAAAUAAAACUGAAAAGGAAGCUAAAGGUGCCUUAGGAAAUGUCGAAAAGGUAAAGAUAAAAGAAGUUAUAAGAAAACAUGAAUGCAAUAAAAAUGAAUGGAAAUAUAAAAAUAUAAGCGGGGUAAGCAUGUCGAAUGAACAAUUUAAGGACAAUAAGGGCUAUACUAAAAGAGAUAAAAGUAAUGAUGCAAAUAAAAAGUGUCAAGUAGGCGAUUUUAAUGGCCCGUUGGGUGGUAACAGAAAAACAGAUAAUGGUGUUGUUAAUUCCAAUGUUUAUAUGAACAAAUCUACUGGUUCACGAGAAUUAGUUCUCGAUAAGACAGAUAGAGAAAGGACAGAGUUUGAUUUAAAUAAUGUAAGAAAUAUAAAAAAUAUAAUAAGCUGUGGAAUAUAUGUAAACAAAGAAGUGGAAAGAAUAAAUAAAAGAAAUAAAAAUGCAAUAUGUAUAAUUGAGAAAUAUUUAGAUAAUGUAAAUAGGACAUCUUUAAAUUUUUCAAAAGAAAAGGAAAAAAAAAUAUACUUGCCAAAAAGUUGCACCCUUAAAAAUGAAUAUAAUAAAAAGCAGGCUAAGACUUUACCAGGGUUAUAUGAUCAUUAUGCAUUUUUACUCCUUAACUUCAGAGGUUACAAGGUUGUGUGA